UAUCAUUGCGAGUAUAAGGGCUGUUCCAAGUCAUUCACGCGAACCUAUAAUCUGAAAUCUCACAGAAGAACGCAUACAGAUGAAAAGCCUUUUGUCUGUGAUAUCUGUUUGAAAGGUUUUGCUCGACAACACGAUCGAAACCGACAUGCAAAACUUCACCUUGGAGUGAAACCUUACCCGUGCCAAUUUUGUAGCAAAUCAUUUGCAAGGCAAGAUGCACUAAACCGUCAU